AUGGACGAGUCGUGGAGGUGCACGAUGGGCUCGGUGCUGCCGCGGCAGCGGUCGUCGGACCAGCAGCACGCCGGCGGCGGCCACCAGGGCCUGGCGCCGGACGACUUCCGGGACGUGUACGGCGGGCCGCCGCGCACCGUGCUCCUCCGCAGCUUCGGCGGCGAGGCGGCCGACUACCACUCCCCGGCGGGCCACCAGUACAUGAACUACGGAGGCGCCGAGGCCUUCUGCCGCCGGCCGUACGCCGACGGACGCGCGGCUGCCGUGCCCACGGAGCAGGGCUUCUUUGACGACAUCUUCGGCGCCCGUCGUCGUCACGUAAGGUCGAGGUCGAGGUCCAAGUCGAAGUCGUCGUCGGCGGUCAGCUCCGACGAGCUGCCAUCGGGCUUCUGCCGGCCGGUGGCCACCGGCAGCCGCGCCGACGCCACGCUCUCCUCAUUCACUUCGAGGCUCAGGCCGGUGACGAUCCCUUCGCGGCGGUACGACUCGUCGCCGCCGUCAUCGACGUCGACGAUAGGGGAGUACCAGAGCAGCUUCACGUGCUCGACGGCCGCGUACCCGGCGGCCCGCUACUACUACGGUGAGGCCAAGGCCGGCAGAUCGAACCACAGCAGAGCCGCGGACGGCUCGGCGGCCGCGCACCGCCGCCGCCACCAGCGCGGGAGCAGCAACUUCUGCUGCUUCACGUCGAACCCGGAGACCAGCAGCAACGCGCCCAGCUUCCGGCAGACGGGCGGCGCGCGGUCACCGGCCGCCGAGACCACCAUCACCGACUACUCCGGCGCCGACUACGGGUACUACUACUCGCCGCCGUCGGCCACGUCGUCGUCACUCUUCACCAACCCGCUGGCGAGGACGCCGCGGCGGCUGGAGGAGGUGGUGAUGGAGGUCCGGGAGCGGGCGCCGCUGCUGAUGGACGACGGCGACGACAUCGAUAGCGUCGGCGCCGCCGCGGUGGACGAGGCGAUCGCAUGGGCGAAAGAGAGAUUCUGGAGCCAAGCCAGGUAGUUCGACGGUCAGGAUCAGAUCCUCAAGAUGCUAUGGCUCUCAGCAGCGUCCAAUUCUUUGAUGGUCCAUCGAUCCAUGCAUGGUGUGCCAAUGUAUAAAUCAUGCAAUAUUUAGGCUCCUAGAGACCAUGACCAAUAUAUUUUGUAAUGCUUCAUUCAUUAUGGAAGAUUGAAU